CCCAAAUUCUAUCAUUUAUAAAAUGAAAAAAUACUCUUAAAAAUAUCAAAUUGAAGAGAGAGAGAACAGUAAAUUAGGAUAAGGAGCCUUUGGAAGUGUCUUUACAGCAAAAUCAUUAUUAGAUAAUAAUUUAAACAUUUGUGUUAAAGUAAUGAAAAAAAAAAAACAAUUUGGAGAAAAUGUUCUAUAAACUUCUUAAGCACCAGAAUUCGAUAUUUGUAAAAGAAUGAGAAACAAAUCAAAUGAAAAUUUAGUUAAGAUUUUUGAUGUUUAUGACUCCGAUAUUGAAGAUGAACAUGCAUAUAUAUUUAUGGAAAAAUGUGAAUAAAGCUUGACAGCAUACAUGAAAAACUAAUAAAUCACAAAAGAAUUAUUACUCAAUAUAAUAUAUUAAAUAGCUAAAGGAUAUUAAUCAUUGAUUAAAGAGAAUAUUAUACACCGAGAUUUGAAACCAGAAAACAUAUUAUGCAAUUAAAUAAAUGGUCAAUUACAAAUUAAAGUAUUUUUAUAAAGUAAAUAUUGAAAGAUUGCAGAUUUUGGAUUAAGUAAGGUUUUAGACUCAGAGUCAGAAUAAGAUAUGACAAAAAAGAUCGGAACUCCAUAUUAUACAGCUCCAGAAAUUUUAGAUGUAAAAAAUAAAGAAAUAUAUGACAAUCGGUGUGAUAUCUUCUCAGUAAUUUUUAAAUCAAUAUUUAAGCUUGGAGUCAUUAUUUUAGAUUUAGCAAGCGGAGGAAAAUAAUUUAAAUACAAAGAAAUAGAAAAAUUAAAAAGCUAAGGCUUUUCUUAAUUGUAUUCAGACAUAAUAAAAUCGAGAAAAAUAGGUUUAAAAUAAUAAUGUAUCCUUUAGAUUAAGAAAUUGUUGAAUUAUUAAAUAAAAUGAUUGUAUACGAAAUUUAAUAGCGCAUAUCAUGGAAAUAAUUAUUUUAAUAUUUUGAUGAUAAAAGAACAAAUUAAAAAUAAUUAAGUGAUUCUCCAAUCCAACCAAUCAUUUAAUAGCACCAAUCACCUCAAACAGGAGUUUAAUAACAAGAAAGUUUUCCUCCUAAACACCACAUAUAUAAUACUCCUUAAUAAAAUCAAACUAUAGCUUAAGAAUAAAAAAAUGUUAAUAUUCCUUAAUCAACACCACCAAACUAUCAUAAUUUUUAAUAACUUCCAACUGGAGUUUAACCAUAAGGUACUCCUACCCCACAGCUCAUUACUCUUUAAUCAACACUACUAAACUAAGCUAAUCAAUAAUCACAUUCAACUGUAUUUUAACCAUAAGGUACUUCUACCCAACAAUGCAUUAUUCCUUAAUCAGCACCACCAAACCCUCAUAAUUUUUAAUAUUAAGCUGCAUUUUAACAAUAAGGUACUCCUACCCUACAAUUUCCUUAAUAAUCUGGAGAUAAAAAUAAAUUUUUUUCUCCUAUACCACAAAACCAUAAUCCUUAAUUAUAACCUGGAGUUUAAUUACAAUAAAAUUUUAAUUCUAUGCAACCAUUCCGAGGUUAAUAGCCGCAAAAGUAAGAUAAUUAAUAAUUAUAAAGAAAUUCAAUUAUAUCUAAUCAAUCUUUUGCUCCCAGCCAACGACAAAUUUUUUAAUAAAAAUAGGGACCACAAAUAGAAACUGGCCCAAAAUUUCCGUCGUAUAAUGCAAAACCUUUUGGAAUUUGA